GCGGCCGUUGAGCCGCGAUGGAGCCGGGCGGGCCUGCUCGGCUGCUGCGGCGGCGGCUCCGGGAGGUCUUCGACGCGUGCGACGAGGAUGCGGACGGGCUGUUGCGCGUGGAGCGCUUCGUGGCGCUGGGGCUGCGCUUCGGCCAAGGCGACGAGGUGGAAAAACUGGCUAAAUACUUGGACCCAAAUGACCUGGGGAGAAUCAACUUUAAGGAUUUCUGCCACGGUGUUUUUGCUAUUAAAGGCUGUGAAGAGCUGCUGAAGGAUGUGCUGUCGGUUGACAAUCCUGGGCCCCAGCAGUAUGAGCCGCAGUAUGUGGAUUACUACUACCAGGAUAGUGAACUUCACAACUGUGCCUAUUUGGACAGUGAAAGUGCAUACAGUGAGGCAGAGCUCUUUCCUGAUGAAGACACGAUGACGCUGGCACAGCAGGAGAUUCACCAUGAGUCUGACAUGGACAGUGCCAUUGAGAGUGCCCAGAGCUCGGAAGCAUCUGACGUGUGCAGAAGUGAAGAGAAGGACGGCGUGCUCGGAGGCCUGUUCCUGCCUGGAGACAAGUCAAGUCCUCACAACCCUUCUGCAGCUUCUGACCUCUCCACCUACUCCACUGCCUCCCUGAUCAGCAAUGAGGAACAGUUUGAAGACUAUGGGGAGGGAGAUGAUGUGGACUUUACUCCCAGCAGCCCGUGUCCUGAUGAUGAGACCAGAACCAAUGCCUAUUCUGACUUAGGCUCAUCUGUGUCUUCCAGUGCUGGCCAAACACCAAGGAAAAUGAGGCACAUUUAUAACAGUGAGUUACUGGAUGUCUACUGCUCUCAGUGCUGCAAAAAAAUAAACCUACUCAAUGACUUGGAAGCCCGGCUGAAAAACUUGAAAGCAAACAGCCCCAAUCGAAAAAUAUCAAGCACAGCUUUUGGAAGACAACUCUUCCACAACAGUAACUUCAGCAGCAGUAAUGGCAGCACAGAAGACUUAUUCAGAGAUAGCAUAGACUCUUGUGAUAACGAUAUCACUGAAAAGGUAACAUAUUUAGAAAAGAAGGUGACGGAACUGGAGAACGACAGCAUGACAAAUGGAGACCUGAAGAGCAAACUGAAGCAGGAGAACACACAGCUGGUUCACAGAGUUCAUGAACUGGAAGAGCUGUUGAAAGACCAGGAGACAUCAGCAGAACAAACCCUGGAGGAAGAGGUGAAGAGGCAUAGAGAAGCAUACAGCAAAUACGAAAAAGAGAAAGGCACUGAAAUUGAGCUGCUGAACACAAGGGUGCAACAACUUGAAGAGGAAAAUGGUGAACUCAAAAGUGCAGUCAUGCGGCUGAAAUCACAGACGGAGAGACUUGAUGAGGAGCGGCAACGUAUGUCGGACAGGUUGGAAGACACCAGUUUGCGGCUGAAGGACGAGAUGGAUUUGUACAAAAGGAUGAUGGACAAACUACGACAGAACAGAUUACAGUUUAAUAAGGAGAGGGAAGCUACUCAGGAGCUGAUUGAGGACUUACGGAAGGAACUGGAGCACCUACAGCUGUAUAAGCUAGAGUGUGAGCGUCCCGGCCGCGGUAGAAGCUCUUCAACUAGCGUGAGUGAAUUCAAUGCGAAGACAAGGGAAGUCGAAAUGGAACAUGAAAUUAAACGGCUGAAGCAGGAAAAUCAGAAACUUCGUGACCAGAAUGAUGACCUUAACGGACAGAUCCUAAGUCUUAGUCUUUACGAAGCUAAGAAUCUGUUUGCAACACAGACAAAAGCCCAGUCCUUGGCUGCUGAAAUAGACUCUGCAUCAAGAGAUGAGCUCAUGGAAGCUCUUAAAGAACAGGAGGAGAUAAACUACAGAUUGCGACAGUAUAUGGACAAGAUCAUCCUGGCCAUCCUUGACCACAACCCCUCUAUCUUGGAAAUAAAAAGUUAAAGGAAAGAGCA